AUGUCCCCGCUGCAUCAGCCAUCUUGCGUCGCUAUGCGCUGCGGUGCGCUCCCCCUCCCGCUCGAGCUCUUUCUUGCCUUCAAGGACAGCAUCCCCUUCGCAGACCUCCGCACUCACGUAUGCUUUUAUAAGGCCCACCCGCACAUCGCCGCGUUGUACGACGGCGGGGAACACGCGGACCGAUUCUGGCAGCGCGCGUGCUGGUACAGCGGCAUCAGUGCCCUGCAAAAAGACGACAUGCACGACUCCCAGUGCUGGCGCAACAUUGCGAUAGAGGUCGUCGAGCGCGACGGCUUCUGUACGCACCCGCACUGCGGCGAGGCACUCAUAGAAUAUAACCGAGAGCGCAUGGGACGCGCAGCGGAACAUGUAAAGCCGCUCUCUGUGCUCUCCAGAAAGCACGAAGUAGACAUGCAGCCGACCGUGCACCGCGCGCUCGUGCAGACCGCGUUUCGCCCGUUCGACAGCAGCAAAGCCGCCCCCGACUCCAAAUUUGACGAAGAAGCACACCUUCGCCCCGUCGGCACCGGGGCGCGCACCUAUCAGGGAAGCACACUGCUGAAAGACCACCCCCUGAUCGCACGCAGCUUCGCCACAGACGUGCCCGUCGGCGCGCUCCGGGUCGGCCGGAUCGGGGGACACACCGUGCGCGAGGGCACGGUCGCGCGGCCGUUCGGGGUGACGGUGCACGACGUUCUCGCAGCCAUAUACGCAGACCUGGACGUGACGCUCACCUCGGACGCGCUGCUGCACUUCUUGAUGGUGAUGUUCGACAGGCUCCCGGCGGACUGGGCCAUGUGCAUGGCGUCGGAGCGGCUGCGUACGACCCGUGGGCUCCUCGGUGUAAGCCACCUGAGCGAAUAUAUCUACGACGGCUCAGCAGGCGGUGACGGCCCGUGUUUCUCUGUCCGUCUUAAAAGCGGGCCGUAA